AUGACCCUCAGACAGAAGAUUGUGCAGCUUGAGGUUGAGUUGAGAAGAGAGCGUCAUGAGGGAGAUCUCAAGGAGAAGUAUAGACUUGCUCGUGUUAUGGAACAUAAGGUUUCAGAACAUGCAAGCUGGUCUGGAUGCUUCUACGUGCGAAUUCUCCAAACUGCCCUUGCAGCUGUUGGAGCUCCUAAAAAUCUUGUUGAAGUCAUAACCGGGUUUGCUGAGACUGGAGAAGCAUUAGUCUCCUUACUUGACAAAAUCAUAUUUGUCGGCUCUCCAAGUGUUGGCAGAAUGAUAAUGAGAAAAGCCGUUGACACAUUGAUACCCGUGACACUUGAGCUUGGUGGAAAAGAUGCGUUUGUUGUCUGUGAAGACGUCGAUGUGGCUCAUGUUGCACAAGUUGCUGUUAGGGCUGCUUUACAAUCUAGUGUACAAAACUGUGCAGGAACUAAAAGAUUUUAUGUCCACAAAGACAUAUACGCUUAA